AUGAACGAUCUGGAGAGAAGCCUUAUCGCAUGGGUAUAUGAUAUAUAGCUUAAUUGCAAUAAUCUUUCCGCAAAAAUCAAAACUAUGGACGACUUGAGUGACGGAGUAUUGCUUUUCGAGCUCAUGAGCCAAAUGUAACUUCUAUUUAGUUCCCCAGAUCUUUUCCGUGCAGAUACCAUAAUACGAAAUACUCAUGACAAUUUCUCAGCUCGCUUACUUCUCUCUCUUGGGUCUAAUGGAGGGACUAUUUUUUUUCCUAAAAAUUUGAAAUUCUUUAUAAAAAUUUUUUUAAUUUUUAAAAAUCCAAAUUUGUGAACAUUUUAAAUGGAAAAUUUGCAUUUUUAUUGAUUAAAUUUAGAGUACCAUCUAUCUAAAUGGGGUAAUAUAAUUUCCCGAGGCUUCAUUAUAAUAUAAUUAUAAAUUAAAUUAUAAAAUAUAAUUUAUCUAAACAAUUUAUAUUAAGCAUUCUUUGAUCGUUACAGUUAAUUUUCCCUAAAAAAUAGGAUUUUCGAAUUUUUUUAGCUAACCAAGCAAAGAUCUAGGGAAUCUAAACAAACUCAAGAGGCAAAUAGAAAAGUUUUAUACUGACAUCCUCAAUGUGCCUUCUACCAAAAUAGUUGAUCAUGUUGAAAUUACAGCAAUUGCCAGAUCAGCUGAACGUCAAAACUCCAUCAUGCUACUUGAGCUAAUUAUGGGUGCAGUAGUCAGCUGCAAGUCUAAAGAAACCUACAUCUCAAGGAUCCUUGAUCUAAAUGAAAGCAUUCAAGUAGAGUUAAUGGUUUUCAUACAAAGGAUUCUAAACAAGCUAGGAGAGACCAAGCUUACAGACGAAGAAGAACGAAAAGAAGUAACCCAGCUGAAGCAUGAAAACAGAAGUCUUGCUUACCAAUGUGAGGAAUUGCAAGGUGCAUUAAAAGAAAUUGAGCAGAAGCAAAGGGAUUUAAACAAUGACAAUGAGAAGUAUGUAAAAAGAAUCAAAGCGUUAGAAGACGAGCUGGAAAGAAGGAUUGGGAAUAGAGAUUGGAACGUAGACGAAUCAUUGUUUAAGCUGGAAGAAAAAAUAGAAAAGCAGGAUAAAAUAAUUAAAGAAUUGGAAGCCAAGCUGGUGGAGACUGAAAAAGCGCAUACAGAUGAGCUAAGGAUGACAAAGGACGAGCUUGAUAUGGCACAAGAAAAAUUGAUACAGCUAGGAAAAGUUGAGAGUACGCUAGAAUUGUAUAAAAAACGGCUAGAAGACUUAAGCACAUACAAAAAGAAGGUUAAAGAACUUCAGGAAGAAAAAAACAGUCUUGAAGAGACCAUAAAACAAAAUGAGAACAACAUGUCCGAAGUUGUUACACUAAAACAAACACUGAAUUUCUACAAAGACCAAAUCUCCCAAGAAAAAGAAAGAGUUGCAGAACUUACCUUAGCGCUUGAAACCAAAGAUCAGCAGAUAAGAGAGCUCCAAAAAUUCAAAAAAGAGCUGGAAGGAAAAAAGAGGGAAUUUUUGAUCCCAGAAACUGUAACACAACGAGAAUUCCACUCAAAAGCAAGUUUACUAGAAACUGAAAAGGAAGAAGAAGAUUUUUCUUUACAAACAGGAAUGCAGAGAGAAUUAGAAGAACAAAUAGAAAGGCUAGAAAUGGAAAACAAAACCUUGAAAAGCCAGCUAGGAGGUGGAGGAGGGGUUGUCCAAGAAAUAAACAAGCAAAUGGACACAAUUUAUAUGGCAAAGAAAAAAUUGGAAGAAAAAUGCAGAGAGGAAAAAAAAUUGAGGAAAGACGAAGAAAUGAGAGCUGCACAAAUUGAAGACGAAAAAGAUCAAAUUGCUAAAAGUUUAGCUGACUGUCAAGCUAAACUAGAAGCUGCAGGCGAAGAAUGCCAAGCCCUACAGAGUAAAAUUCAGCAGCUUGAAGCUGAAAAGUUAAUUUGGGAAAAAAUCCAAAAUGAAUGUGAAAGCUUGAAAAAAGAAAGAGAGUCACAUGUCCAUGAUAUCAAGCAGCUUUUUAAAGAAAAGGACGAAAUCACAAAACAGCUAAUAGACUCCAAAGAAGAAAACCACAAACUCGACUCAAUGCUCAUACAAAAAGAAAUGUCAAUCAAAGCAUGUGAGAUCGAUUUAGAAAAAAUAGCAAAUCGGCUUAGAGAAGCCCAAGAAAGCGAAAGAAUCGCAUUAAACCAGCUGGAAGUUAUGAAAAGAAAUCAAAGCGAGCUUAACGAGCAAAGCGUUGACAAAAUAAAAUAUUUAGAACUUGAAAGAGAUAUAAUGAAACUUAAAUCAGAAAUUUCUACUCUUAAGCUAGAACUAAGAGAAAAAGAAGACUCUUUAAACUCCAUGCAGGAAGAGAAAACUAGGACAGAAAUAGAGCUUAAAGAAGCUUUAAGGCAAAAAGAAGAAAGCUUAAGCUCUUCUCAUCAAGAAGAAAUCAGAGACAUCAAAGAAAAACUGAUCCAGCGAGACAAUGAAGUUGAUUUCUUAAAACGAUCUAAGGAAGAGCUUGUAAACGCUUGGGAAAAAGAAAUGAAAAUAAUGAGUAUGAUUGUAUAUGGCACAGGGAUGGAGAUCAUGUACACCCACCAAACCCUCAAACAAGAAAAAAGUUGUCUGAUAAAUAAGAAACAUAAAAAUUAA